ACAUCCCACACAAAGAGAAACUUUAAAAAUAUGGGGAAAAGGUCUCUUGCAUGGAGAGAAGAGAAUCCGACGUUUUGUUUUUUAAUAGUGUGAACAAAACAUAAAACAUGAUGAUGAAGUCACAUUCCCACUUCAGAAAGCUUUGUCCUUUCCUUGAAGAUUCCAUUUUUGUUAAAUACAGUCAUAUGACAUCGACCUUUACAAACACGCCAUUACAUCUAAAGUCUACACAAGUAGAGUAGAGUUCAUGUCAGAAACAAUUACUUAUAUAUGAUGUAAUGUAAUUAAUGCGGAAUUAAGAAGUGAAAAUGUCGGAGCUAAGGUUUCAGGAUCAGAGAUUGAGUUUGAUAUUUGGAGGUCGUGAUGUUAGCCCGGAUUCUGUCAUUUUCACCGCCGACUUCUCUGCGUCUCCCAGCCUUGAUCGCUGCUCCUUUACUUCUCUAUCUCACCAUCCGCAUUUUCAUCAUUUGACAGGGUAUGAAUUUCAUGAAGCUUUGGGUGGUCCAUCUCCAGAUCUAAGCAAAGCCAUGGUACACAAGAAUAGUCACCUUCGUAGGAAAGAAAAGACAAAAGAUCGAGAGGAGAAAAAUCUGACCUUAGAUUCAGCAAGAAAGUCAUUUUCACAAGCUCUCAAAGAAUGUCAAGACAGGAGGUCAAAGGCCGGGAAGAAAUUAGAUAGGCAAAAACCAGAUCUGAAUAAUGCUAUAAUUAAGGCAACACACUCUUCUCCGCGAUUUGGUGUCAUGAAGAAAACAACUGUUACUGCAUCUGGAGCUUGUAUGUUUCCUAGCCCUGGGACGCCAAACUAUAAGCAUUACAUUCAGAAAGGCUGGAGCUCAGAGCAUGUGCCAUUGCGUUCAGCUGCUAGUCGGAGGCAACUGAAUACUGCAUUGCUGCCUUAUAACAAUGGAAGAACAUUACCUUCCAAAUGGGAAGAUGCAGAGAGAUGGAUUUUUAGCCCAGCAUCAGGAGAUAGAGGUUCAUUACAGCAGCAACAGAGGCGGCCUAAAUCCAAAAGUGGACCUCUUGGUCCUGCUUACUAUUCAUCGUAUUCUCCAAUAGUGCCUGUUUUUAAGGUAGGAAAUGGUGGGAAUCUGCUAGCCAGUUCUCCAAGUUCAAGCGGAGUGAUAGCUUCUGAUAGUUCGGCAUUUCGUUCUGGAGGAAACUUAGGUGGUGGAAAUUUUCCUUCAUUCGUGGAGCCGUACAUGGCAAGGUCAGUUAGUGUACAUGGGUGUUCUGAACGUCUCAGUCUGUCAACACUGUCGAUUCCCCAAGACGAGAGCAGUGAUGAUAUUGAGGAUGCAACCAAUGGAGUGUCUAGAAUUAUCUCAAGGAGGGAUAUGGCCACGCAGAUGAGCCCCGAGGAAAGUCCUUCAUCUCCAUUGAGACUGUCGUCCUUCUCACCCUCAACUCCCUCCGUUCUACCAAUUGUAAAAAUGCAGAGAAUCACUUCCCCCAAAGCAGAAGUGAGAGACGUGCCAGUUGACGAAUGGGUAGCUCCGACUCCAGGAAGGGAAAUCCGUUCUUCACAUUGGGAUGUUUCCAACACAACAAAGAGUGCUUCAAAGAUUAGGAGGGAAGAAGCCAGUAUUACUGCAUGGGAGAACCUGCAAAAGGCAAAAGCAGAGGCAGCAAUAAGGAAACUAGAGAUGAAACUGGAGAAAAUGAGAACAUCAUCCAUGGAUAAAAUUAUGAACAAAUUUAAAUCAGCACAGAGAAAGGCCCAAGAAAUGAGAAGCUCAAUAUCUGCUAACCAGGCAAAUGAAGUUACAAAUUCUUCUCAAACAGCCCUGUCUUUCCAUCGGACUCCUCAACUAGGUUCUUUGAGUGGCUGCUUUACAUGCCAUGCGUCUUGAUAUUCUUGAAAUCUCUGCUAUGCAUUAGUGAGCCUCCAUAUCAGUGAACUGUCCGGAUAAUCUAAUUCUUGAAGAUGUGAUCUGGUGGGUUGCAGAUUCAGUAUGUCAAGAUUAGAGGCGAGUUGAAGAUCUAAAGUCUGUGCAUUUAGAACAAUGGUGGACCUACAUCGCCCUGUUGGAUGCUCAACGCCAUUAUUUUUGGAGCCCAACACUAUUUAUUUAUAUAUGAAACUAGUACUGCAUAGACAGAUUGCCUGAGCAAUUCAUCUCAGUAGCAUCUCCAGAUUAAGAAGAUCAUGUUGAGCACGCAUGAUGAAAAAUCCUAGGUACACCAUUGGUUCGACAUGAAAGUGAUCUUACUAUAUGUAUACCAUAUACAUCUUUUUUUUUGUGCGUAUUUAUACAUAUAUAGCUCUAAGGGGAAGCAACAGGUAUAGUUGAACCCAAAAACCCACUUCGGUGUAUCCUCUGCCAAAGUAUGCAUUUUGGAAAUCAUGUACAUGUCUCUAUUUUUAAAUUUCGCUAUUGGGCAGAGACAUGAACAUAAUAUGGUCCAAUUGAGGUUGAGAUUUCCGUACAAUGCAACUCAGAUUUCAUUUU